GCCCCUUUCUAACACACUUGGAUCUUUCCUCUCUCUCUCUCCUCUAAUCCCUAACUAGAGAGCUCUCUAACCGCCGGCCGCCGAGAAUUGCCACGACGACGACGACGACGACGACGACGACGAAGAUAAGCUUCGGACUAGCUAUUUCCAGCUAACGAGAGGCUUUUCUAUUGAUUUCCACAUGAGUUCAUAGGCUUGCUUGCUGCAUAUCAUUUGUAGCUAGUUCGGCAGAGAGAGCAAGAAGGAACUGAAACCUAACCUUGUCUUGUCUCCUGUUUCAACUGGCGACGGAGGCGAGAUUCUCGUUGAUCUACUCUAUUUCAUCUCUUCCUUGACAGCUGCAAAGGGGUUCCAGUUUCUCCUCUUCUCCUGCAUUAGGAGUUUCUAUCUGUCAGGGCUCUCAUUAGCUUGAGUUUUGGUAUAGAAUCCAACCGUGUUUAUUCAGAAAGAUGCAAGCGGAAGAAAUCAACAGUUUCCAGAUUCAAGAAUGGUACCCAAAAUUCAAAUCCGUCUCAAUCAAAACCUUGAUUCACCAACUUCCAGAAUCCUUUGUUGAGUACCUGCUCGAUGAUUCCGGCCUUUUCCUUCUUCCUCACUCCAAUGAAGACGCCCUGCCUAGGAGAAUACACAAACCUGAAGAUGAAGAAGACUUUAUACUGAUAGAAGAUUCUGAAGAAGAAGAAGAACAUUCUGCACUUUCUUUCCCAGAUCUUGAACUGCAGGUGACAAACUCCAUCAAUUCCCUCGGUGGUGCUGUAUUCCCAAAGCUGAAUUGGAGUGCACCUAAAGACUCUGCAUGGAUAAGCUCUUCUAGAACCCUAAAAUGCACUUCUUUCAGCGAAGUCGCUCUCUUACUGCGAUCUUCAGAGUCCCUUACUCAUGAUUUAUGCCACGCCUACGAUUCCUGCACCGACAAAACAUCCAGUAGACCCUCCAACUUCUACUUAGCUCUUCGAAAAUGGUAUCCUUCUCUUCUACCGGAAAUGGAAUUCCGAUGCUUUGUACAUGGAGGAGUUUUGAACGCAAUUAGUCAACGCGAGGUCACCACUUUCUACCCUGCCCUCUUGGAGAAGAAAGCUGGUAUUGAAAUACUUAUAAAGGAAUUCUUUGCGGACAAAGUGGAAAAGAAAUUUGAGCUCAAAAACUACACUUUUGAUGUUUAUGUUACGAAGAAUGAUCAAGUCAAGCUUAUAGAUUUCAAUCCUUGGGGAUUCUUCACGCUUCCGCUUAUGUUUGAAUGGAUGGAACUUGAAGAAGAUAUAAAGAAGGAUGUGAAUAGUUUCCAGUUCAGGAUUGUGAUGGGGCGUUGUGGAGUAAGGCCAGGAUUGUCUACUGCUGUCCCUUACGAUUACUUAGACACAAGCUCUGGUAGCGGUUGGGAUCAAUUCAUGAACAAUGCCAAAGAGGAGGAGAUGAAGUUGCCAAGGAGUUUCGAUGAACCUUAGUGUCGAAUUUGUCUUCAGGUUUGCGAAAUCUUUUUCGUAAUGAAUUAUUACAACUAUAUACAUUUUUCUGGAUCUGUGUUCGAGUUUGGACGAGAAAUAGUAGAUUAGAAACGUUUUCUUGUUUGUCUAAGGAUGUUGUUAUAUGGAUGUUGAUUAAGAUACUAUAUAUAUUGAUGGUAAGUUGAACUAGAUUUACUAACAGCAGGUUUAUCAAAUUAUAAAAUGGAGUGAUCAAAGAAUAUGAGUUGGUUUUGCUGGAUUUU